AUGCCUCACCUAACGUGCCUAUCAACCUCCAAAAGCCUCAACCUCCAGCUCCUCCUUUAUAAAAGCCCCUCCUCGUUCCCUCUCUCUCUUAAAACACCAUACCCACUGCUCUUCAUUUCAUCCUCUCUCUUGCUAGUAGCCACUUAGAUAUGGAUCCCCUCCUUCUGGAGAAGACCCUUUUGGGCCUUUUCGCUGCUGUCAUUGUUGCCAUAGUCAUAUCCAAGUUACGCGGCAAGCGUUUCAAGCUCCCUCCGGGACCUCUGCCUGUGCCCGUGUUUGGGAACUGGCUUCAAGUUGGGGAUGAUCUGAACCAGCGUAACCUCGCCGACCUUGCUAAGAAAUUCGGAGACAUCCUGCUUCUCCGCAUGGGACAGCGCAACCUCGUCGUUGUCUCCUCGCCCGACUUGGCCAAAGAGGUUUUGCACACACAGGGCGUCGAGUUCGGGUCGAGAACCCGAAACGUCGUGUUUGAUAUUUUCACCGGGAAAGGACAGGACAUGGUGUUCACCGUCUACGGUGAACACUGGAGAAAGAUGAGGAGAAUCAUGACUGUUCCAUUCUUUACUAACAAGGUUGUCCAGCAGUACAGGUACGGAUGGGAAGAUGAGGCGGCGCGUGUGGUGGAGGAUGUGAAGAAGAACCCAGAAUCGGCUACCAAUGGUAUUGUGUUGAGGAGGAGGUUGCAGCUGAUGAUGUACAACAAUAUGUACAGAAUCAUGUUCGACAGGAGAUUUGAGAGUGAGGAAGAUCCUCUGUUUGUGAAACUAAGGGCUUUGAAUGGCGAGAGGAGUAGGCUGGCGCAGAGCUUUGAGUAUAAUUAUGGCGAUUUCAUUCCCAUUUUAAGACCUUUCUUAAGAGGUUACUUGAAGAUCUGUAAGGAAGUUAAGGAAAGGAGGCUGCAGCUCUUCAAGGACUACUUUGUUGAUGAGAGAAAGAAACUUGGAAGCACAAAGAGCAUGAACAACGAAGGCUUGAAAUGCGCAAUUGAUCAUAUUUUAGACGCACAGCAGAAGGGAGAGAUCAAUGAAGACAACGUCCUUUACAUUGUUGAGAACAUCAAUGUUGCUGCAAUUGAGACAACGCUAUGGUCAAUUGAGUGGGGCAUUGCUGAGCUAGUGAACCAUCCUGAAAUCCAGAAGAAGCUCAGGGAUGAGCUCGACACCGUCCUUGGACCUGGCAACCAAAUCACUGAACCUGAUACCUACAAGCUUCCAUACCUUCAGGCUGUUGUUAAAGAGACUCUCCGACUCAGAAUGGCAAUUCCUCUGCUUGUGCCUCACAUGAAUCUCCAUGACGCUAAGCUUAGUGGGUACGACAUUCCUGCCGAAAGCAAAAUUUUAGUGAACGCUUGGUGGCUUGCCAACAAUCCUGCAAACUGGAAAAACCCUGAAGAAUUCAGGCCAGAGAGGUUCUUGGAAGAGGAAUCCAAGGUUGAGGCCAAUGGGAAUGAUUUCAGGUACCUUCCGUUCGGAGUCGGAAGAAGGAGCUGCCCUGGAAUCAUUCUUGCAUUGCCAAUCCUUGGCAUUACUUUGGGACGUUUAGUACAGAAUUUCGAGCUCUUGCCACCUCCUGGACAAUCAAAGCUUGACACCACAGAGAAGGGUGGGCAGUUCAGCUUGCAUAUACUGAAGCACUCCACCAUUGUUGCCAAGCCAAGAUCAUUUUAAUUUCACACUGUUUGUUUUCUCUCUCUCCUUUUUUUUUUUGGGAUGUAAUGCUACUAUGAGAUUGUUGAAGAAAGUGAGAAAUGAUUUUGAAUGUGGGAUUGGGAUGGGACAGGAGGAUUAUAAUAUAUCUUAUGGGUUGUGACAGUGUAAAUCUAUGAGCUUCAAAUGAUUUUAAUGACUGUAAUAAUUAAGUCUAAUAUCUCUUUCAUUAA